AUGAAUCUUGAUCAAUUUUAAUCCACAGAAGAAGAUUGGCCUUAAUAAUCUUGGAAUGAGAAUGAAGAUCUUGAUUUUUCAUCACCUCCUAUAAUGUUUGGUCGUUAAAGCCAUAAAAUUAAAGAUGAUAAUGACAUUAACAAUCAAGAUUAUUAUAUUUAGAUAUAAUAGAGAGAAGAAGAACCCUCAGAAGAUUAAGAAUUGAAUAAAUUUUUAGAAAAUUCUUCUAUUCCAUUAAGAAAAAAAAAGAUUAGAAAAAGUAAAAAAAUUAAGAGUACCACAAUUAAUAAUUUGUAUCAAGACUUUUUUUCAAGAAUUAUAGAUAAUACAGAAUCAUAAUAAGAAAUCUUAUAUAAAUUAUAAUAAUGCUAAAAAAUGAAAGUCCUUAUAGAUGGAUUAGAAAGAACUUUGAUGAAUGUUAAACAGUUGUUGCUUCUCAAAGUGAAAACUCAUAUUUAUUGA